CGUAAAAUAUGGACCUACAAGAAUCAGUAAGGAAGCAAAACGGCAUCCUGUGGAGGGUGUAUAAGCACGUGAUCAAAACCACCGCCGGGAAGACCUCGAACCUAGUCUUUUCGCCGGCGUUGAUCAAUGUUAUCCUUAGCCUCAUCGCCGCUUAUAAAUCUCCCGGAGCCACCGAAGAACAUAUUCUCUCUUUACUAAAGGCUUCUUCUACCGAUGAGCUUAACGCCGUGUCCUCCCAGAUAGUAACCACCGUCCUUGCCGACAGCACGGCAAGUGGCGGGCCAAUGAUCUCGACAGCCAAUGGCUUCUGGAUAGAGAAGUCUCUCUGCUGUGUGGAACAGUCUUUCGAGAAUCUCUUGGAGACUUCGUAUAAGGCUGCCUUCAAACAAGUUGACUUUCGCACUAAGGCUGAUGAAGUGUCUGAAGAGGUGAACACAUGGGUUGAGAAACAGACAAAUGGUCUCAUCACUGGUCUUCUUCCACCAAAGUCUGUAACUCAUUUGACUGAUUACAUAUUUGCUAACGCCUUGUUCUUCAACGGGAGAUGGGAUAAAGAGUUUGAUCCAUCUCUUACCAAAGACUCAGACUUCCACCUUCUUGAUGGAACCAAAGUACGUGUGCCCUUCAUGUCCGGUGACUUCUUCAGUUACCAUCUCGAUGUCUACCCAGGUUUCAAAGUCCUCAGCCUAUCUUACAGAAAAGGACGAUGUGACGGUCGUUCGUUCUCGAUGCAAAUCUAUCUCCCUGAUGAAAAAAAUGGGUUGCCUGCAAUGCUGGAGAUGUUAGCUUCUACUCCUGAGGACGAGGACACUCCUAGCUACAGGGCAGAUAUUGGAGAACUCAAGAUUCCAAGGUUUAAAUUUGGUUUUCACUUUGAAGCCACGGAAGCUCUGAAAAGUUUGGGGUUGAGUCUACCAUUGGAGAGGAUCUUCCACAAGUCUUGCAUCGAGGUGGAUGAAGUGGGAACCGAAGCUGCAGCGGCUGCUGCUGAUGUUUGCGUCGGCGCUUGUGGUCCUGCAGAGAAGAAGUAUGACUUCGUGGCUGAUCAUCCUUUUCUCUUCCUUGUCAAAGAAUGGAGAAGUGGAGUGGUUCUGUUCCUCGGCCAAGUUAUCGAUCCUUCUAUGCACUAACUUGAGUCUAAAGUAAUGCCUUUGAGACAAUGAAGGAUUUGUUGUUUCUUUCAUAUUAUUAUGUCAACUACAGAUAAUUUAAUCUUUUGUUCUUUUAUUUUUUUAUCAAUUUGGGUGGGUUGAUUUGCUUAGACAUUAAAGAAAUAAAGAUUAAACUGGGCAAAAUC